AGAAAGCCGACAGGUCAGGACAACGCAGCGCAUGGGCUUUCGCAGUAACACGGCUACUGUUAUACAAUUGGUCCUAGAAAGCACUGUCGUUUUACACCUACUCCAACUGGCUUCAUUAAAGACUCAACGCAAACGCUCCAGUCUGUGUGAUUCCUUUGGAGAGGAGUUUAGCUGAGUGUCGACUCCGGCAAGGCGUUGGAGGUUGAGGACAUGACAGUAAAACGACACUUUCUGGCGGUCCAGCUUCAACAGUGAAAAGUAAACGAAUUAAUCAACGGAGAAAAUCCAGCUCAGCAAAAGAGCGCUGACACGCGGCAGAUGGCCUCUAACCGCCACAGAAGAUGGACGAGAAGCAGCAGAAGCUCAGCCUGAAGCGAGAGGUGGGGCUGAUAGGAGCCGUGUCGCUGAUUGCGGGAACAAUGAUCGGAUCUGGGAUCUUCAUGUCCCCGCAGACAGUUAUCUCCUCCAUCGGCAGCUCUGGAGCCAGCCUGGUGGUGUGGGCCAGCUGUGGCUUACUGGUGAUACUGGUGUCUUUCUGCUAUGCUGAACUGGGAACCGUUAUCCAGGAGUCAGGAGGAGAGUACAUCUACAUCCUCAGGACCUCGGGUCCAGUCAUGGCCUUCAUGUUGGCCUUCAGCUCUAUCUUAUUUGUGAGGCCUGCUGGAGUUGCAGGCAUCGCCCUGAGCUUCGCGCAGUACGUCGUGGUUCCGUUCUACCCGGAAUGCCCACCUCCAGUGUCUGCAGUGAAAUGUGUGGCUGCAGCAGCAAUCUUGGUGUUAGCCAUCGUAAACUGCAUGAAUGUUCGCUUCUCAAUGUCAGUGCAGGUGUUUUUUAUGGUGGCUAAGGUGGUGGCCUUGGGAGUCAUCGUUGUCGGAGGGAUGGUCAUGCUUGCCAAAGGAAACACGGAAAGUUUUCAAAACUCUUUUGAGAACUCAAACGUGGGCAUCAAUCCCAUCGGUAUUGCUCUCUACCAGGGACUGUGGUCGUAUGACGGCUGGAACAAUCUGAACUAUGUGACAGAGGAGCUCAAACGUCCAGAGGUAAACCUUCCCAGAGCGCUGGUGAUAGCCAUUUCUCUGGUCACUGGCUUGUACCUGCUGGUGAAUGUUAGCUACCUGACGGUGAUGACACCUAGAGAGCUCAUGUCUUCCACCGCUGUAGCUGUCACCUGGGGGAACAAGGUAUUGGGAAGCUGGGGUUGGAUCAUGUCGGUGGCUGCGGCGUUGUCUGCUUUUGGCUCCUUAAACGGGACUUUCUUCAGUGGGGGUCGAGUCUGCUUUGUGGCUGCCAGAGAGGGCCACAUGCCAGAUAUUCUCUCCAUGGCUCACGUCCACCGGCUGACUCCCUCUCCGGCUCUCAUCUUCACCACUGUGAUCUCUUUGGUGGUCCUCAUCCCCGGAGACUUUCAGAGUAUCGUCAACUACUUCAGUUUCACAGCCUGGUUUUUCUACGCCGUCACUCUGUCUGGACUGAUCUAUCUCAAAAUAAAGAAACCGGAUCUCCCCAGACCAUACAGCGUUCCCAUUGUCCUCCCCAUACUGAUCCUGCUUGUGGCCAUUUUCCUCGUUCUGAGCCCCAUCAUAGACCAACCUCAAAUCGAGUAUCUAUAUGUGGCGUUAUUUAUUCUCAGUGGUGCUAUAGUUUACGUACCUUUCAUCCAUUUCAAGCUUUGCCCGGGAAUGUUUGAUAAGGUGACAACGUUCCUGCAGCUGUUCUUGGAAGUCGCUCCAGCAGAGAAAAACCUCUGAGUUCAAGCUGCUGCAGGUAAUCUGCACAAAAUUAAGCUCCUGAUGCCAAUUAUGUAAUUGGUUUGACCGGACAAUCAAUUAUGUAAUGUGUUAUGCGUUAUCUUUUUGCACUUAUUUAAAUUAAAAGACGUAUGUGUUGGAAAAACAUUUUUUAAAUAAUUUAUAUGGUAAGAAAUCUUACAGAUAUUUUUCAAAAGCUGGUGCAUUUUCGUUACUGCAAAAGCAAACAUUACAAUAAUUUGUUUUAAUUCUCAGCAGGUGCUUCAUUUGGUUAAAAUAACAAUAAAGGCAGAGAAGUAUGAUCUAUUUCUAUUUGUAGCUGCAUCUUUCAGAUUACGGUGAAAGAAUCAAAUGGGAAAGAAAGUUGAAAUUAUCAUUACACCUUUGGAAGAUGAUUGUUGAAGUCUGGUUGGCUUUUAUUUUAUUAUCACUGCACUUCAACAUUCAAACCUUGAUUGAGUUACAGAAACAUUCAGCUGUCUGUCCAUUUGAAUAACUUGUCAUUUGUGCACACAUAUAUUCAAAGUUAUUUUUCAGAUUUUGCUGCAGAAUGGCUGUUAGAGUCCAAUGAAAUAACACUCACUUUUUAUCGACAUUUUCAAAAA